AUGACUGGGGGCAUGGGGAGUGGUAGUCUGAUGAGCGCACGAGGGUACGACAGUGAUGCCCAGUGCAUUGGGAGUCCCCAGCAUGCCGACCAUGUGAGAGCUUCGCCCAGAAGCCCGGGGGUUCGCAGGAUGGGGUUGCAUGAUCUAAUAGAGUACAGCCGUGAGCGAAAUGACUUGGAGAUGUGGGCGGGUGCCAACAGCCAUGAUCAGUCCGACGUCCUGGGAACUCCCUUUGGUAUGCAUUAUAUACCCACGCCACCAGGAAGUUUGAGAGGGCGUACAGCUCACCCCGACUCUGCAGCCGAAGCCACGGGUAGCCAUUCAGUGUCUUCAUUCAAAGAUGAACGGUCGGGCGAGCAAAACACCUUCACCAAAUCUUUCCCUAGUCUUCACGCUAGUCAAGAAGAAAAUCAAAAACAUCUCCGAUCUCGAGAAUGCCUUAAAGGCAGCAGUAGAGGUGAGAACCUCCAGAAUGUUAUGGCUGAAUGGGCUCAGUACACGGGAUCAGAUCGUAAUGAUUAUCGUGCGGCAUCCUCGACAUCGCUAGCUAGGGCAGAUCCGGGCAUUAUGACUUCUAAAACACGACAACCAACAAGCUCUUCCGGUACACACUCCGAGAGUCGAGUACCACAUCUUGGUGAUCUUGACCUUUCACACAGGCUCGCGGGGACAAGCAUGGGGUCCGGGCCGCCAUCGGCUAAUCCAUCCAUGUCGGAACUUCCACGUCCAAAUAGGUAUGGGCCACAAAUGGCAUCGCAAGAAAAUUUUCAAGCUCAUGAGAGAUCUGGAACAUCGACAAUCGGGAGUUCCGAGCCCCAUAAGCAAGCUACGUCUCAUCAACAAGAUGCGUCUUCUUUCUAUUCGCGCCAAAGCAGUAAUCCCUCACGGGGAGCAUCUGCUGUUCAAUCGCUGAGAGUUCAUGCUGCGAAUGCAAUGGAUAGCCUACCCAAUAUCCAUGCACAAAUGGCAGCUGAGACAGGCUCGGUCCAAAAUGAACAAGAACCAGUUGCCGAGGUUCUGAAAAGCAAGUUUGUUGAGCAACUUGAUGCGGCAAACUGGGAAUCGCCCCAGGUUCAUGGAAUUUUCAAUGACCGCAACGGUGCUGUACCACAGCGAAGAGUCAGUCCCGGCUGGAUGACCGGGGGCCGGCGAAUGGGAUAUGGGUAUAGCUUGGUGGAUAAUGCUGAGGCUCACCCAUCAGCAGUUGGAGGGAACGACAGUCCACAUCCGAACGGGAGUUGGCACAGAGACACCUCGGGGGCUAGGUCUAGCAGCGGACAGUCUCCUUCGAACAAAAGUCCUACCAAUGCCACAGGGGAGCCCGUUUUGACACCAACAAUGUGGGCCAAAAUGAAGAGCCAUUCAGUUCGAGGUGAUCGUCACGCACCACUGGCAGUGGAUUUGGCAGGUGGAGGGAUGGAUGCAGACGAAGCCCACCGCGCAAGAUCAAGUCACGCGCAACACAUCGAGUCGCCAACUUCUAUAAAAUCGCCAACUUCUAUAAAGUCGCCGACUUCUGCAAAGACGCCAACCUCUGCAAAGACACCAACCUCUGCCAGGAGCUUUUAUAUCGAAGACGUCGACGAAACUUUCUUGAGUCGAUGGGCGAAAGUCAGCCGGUCCACACGCAAACAGCCACAACCAGGCAUAUACCACGAUCCAACUCAUGGGCAUAGUGACUAUACUUCAAACACUUCGCCACUUGGUGAACGUCGCUUCUCGGCGGAUGAAGCCAACCGCCAGCCCUCUGUGUACUUCGAUCCAUCCAAUGGCAGGAGUGCAGACAAACAAAACGGGGAACCCUCACGCUCUCGUAGUAGGCGUUGGGUACCAACAUUUUCCAGAAACAGGGAAAGCAAGAAACGCUCAAACCUCCCCCAAAAGAACCAUCUGAGGAAUCGCCAGUACCGUAUCAAGAGCGCCCGUCGAGUGACCUGGGACGAGCAAACUCCACCAGAAGCGAUAUGGCCGAGGAGCUGGCGAGCGCCUAUCAGGAGUGCAUUGGGAUGCCCGGGGCCUUUUAUGGAAGCCGGUGGGCGAGCCGAACAAGCCUAG